AAUAAGUUGUGAUUUGUAUUAAUGAUGUUGUGUGUCCUCUUGAAAACUAAUACAAGCUUCUGCCUAUUGUAAAGGAAAGUGGCUGACAAAGUCGCAGCUGCUGGAUUCUUUGUGGCCGUUCCUGACUUCUUGAAGGGGGAUCCUUUUGUUCGUGCAGAUACUAAAAGGCCUAUGAGCGUUUGGAUUAAAGAUCAUAGCACGGACGAGGGAUUUGAAUUUUCCAAAGUAGUGAUUCAGGAUUUGAAAAAUAGAGGCUAUUCUGCAAUAGGUGCUGCAGGCUUUUGUUGGGGUGCCAAGGCUGCAAUUCAACUCGCAAAGUGCGACUCUAUUAAGGCUGCUGCCCUCUUACAUCAAUCUUACGUCACUGUGGAUGACAUCAAAGGUUCAGAUCACUUCCAGGACUUGUCAACCAGACCCAAAGGGAUAUCAUAGAAUGUGAGAAUUUUGUCUUCUGGACAAGUGCACAAAGAAUGAUGAAUUGAAGGAAGGAGCAAGUUUCUUGCAUGGUUUACUUUUGUGUAUCUUGUAAUGUUUUUGUUUUUCAUUUUUGAAGUAAAAAAUGUUCAAGAAACUUUAUUAUGUUAUGCUUUCAAACUUAAGUUAGAACUAAGAUCUCAUGAAGUAGACAUAUUCAUGGUUUGAAUUAGUUAUUGUUUAAUGUAAUACUUAUGGUUUAUCAAUAUAUUGAG